CUUGGCAUGGAGGCAUGCAGAGGGCGGGCCUAGACGCUCAUGGACCCGUGGGCGGAUGCGAAUGAGCAAGAAUCGCAUGCGCCGGACAUCAGCCAGGCCCAGUCAGGUCACCUUCACUCCCCCAGCCCCGACCUGUGGAGACCGACUCUCCAAAAGGCCAUAUCCGCCAGGGGGUCACGGGAAACCCAAAGCCCAUCCCCCUCAUAUAGGCGUGCGCCCCCACCGUCAUGAUGGAAUUCGCAAAAACCCUGUGCCUUCAUGCACCAUGUCCAUCUCAUCUCACGACGGGCCUAUGCCCGCCCUGCGAGACGUCCUCGAGAGACUCAAACUGACAUCCUACCACGACGCAUUGCUCGCAAACGGCUUCCACAGCUGGGACACUGUUCUGGACAUCACCGAGGAAGACCUGACGUCGCUGGGGGUUAAGCUGGGCCACCGCCGGAGUCUACAGCGCGAGAUCGCGACAUGGCGGGGUGUGCCUUCGACUCUGGCUCUGGAAGCUGAGACCGGCCUUCCAUCGCCUGGUACAGGAACAGGAACCGGAACAGGAACCGGUGCUGGUACUGCUGGUACUGCUGGUACCGCCUUCAGCUCCCACAACACUGACACCCAGCCUUCGCUCUCCACUUCAGCUCUAGAAACCCUCGAGAAACAAACCACGCCUCAGCCACCAAGGGAGAAACGACGGUACCGACGCCACCCUCGACCGGAUAGCAACGCGCCUCGGAAGCCCAAGACGGCCUAUGUAAAUUUUGCAGACGAGCUCCGAACUACCCCCGAAAUAUCGGCGUUAUCGUUCGUUGACAUCGCCAAGGAAGUGGGCCGCAGAUGGCAGGAAUUGCUGCCGGAGAAGAAGCGCGUGUGGGAGGGCGAUGCUGCUCGCGCCAUGCAGGAGUAUGAGACCCAGAUGGAUGCCUACAAGAGCACCGAUAAUUGGCGCAAGUAUCAGACCUACUUGUCCGAAUUCAAGUCUCUGCAGCAGCGACAAGCACUGCUCGGAAAACGCCCCGCCUCCACGCGUUCUACCGGUUCGUACUCUCAGCUCGACCUGGGUCAAGCUAGCCCUCCCGCUUCCUCGGAAAACCAGGUGGCAGCGUAUUCGACGACACCCAGUGCCAGUGGUUACGAAGCCCAGAUGUGCCAGACUGCACUCACACUAGCGCUAGGUGAGCUAGGGUCUUUGCGCGGCGAGAUCCUGGGACAGGGCGCACUUCCGUAUGAUCAACAGAAUCUACCGCCCGAGCAGCUUGUACGUCGCGCCAUGUACGCCUUCGUCCAGGGUACUGGAUCGCUUUUGUACAUGUGGACGUAUGAUCAAGUGGAUCAAAUCCUCGAGCGCAUUUACCGACCUUAUUAUCAGACGGACGCUAUUUCGCUUGCCGAAUGCUUCAUUGUUGCAGCCAUGGGGGCCCAUUAUGACAUGGAUUGCGUACCCGAGCGCACCAGAAGACUGCUUUACGCUUCUGGAACCCUGUGCUUCAAUGAAGUGUCGGCGACUCACGAUUAUCUGCGCACAAUGAGGCUGCUGCUUUCCAUGUCAUUCUACGCGUUGCUAGAGAAGCACAUGAGCGCGCGAUAUCUGAUCUCGGCUGGUCUGCAGAUUGCGCGUUGGAAGUGUCCAUCUUUGACCAAAAUCGAAGGCGAUGUGGUCGGAGAGAGCUGGAGGAAGGUCUUCCGCAGCCUGAUCUUCAUGGAUUGCUGGUUAUCCUACACUCUUGGGUACACCGCCGAGGUCACGCCACUUGACAUUGCUAUUGCUUGUGCACCGACGACUCGCCUUGUGCAGGCGUCAAUCGAUGAGCAGAUCCAUGUCCAGACUAGUAAAGUCGGUUUGAUCGCAGCCGAAAUCGCGAAGACAGUGGCAUCGCCAGAGCUGGCGACCAGCGAAAAUAUUGCCAUGCUGACCGGAAAACUGGAAGCCUGGAGGAUGCAGUUGCCGCUCAUGCUGCAAAUCUCAAUUCUGACGUCGGACAACCCACCACCAUUGAAUCUGCAUCAGAGACGAGCUAUAUUGAUGGUACAUAUCAUGUACCUUGGGGCCCUGAUCCUACUUUACCGCCACCUACUAGUGGCGAUCGCAGAAAAGCAUCUUCCAUGGACCCUGAAGCUCUCCGUGGAAGACGCACAGAAAUACGGAAUCGAAUGCGCGGUAGCUGGACAACAAAUCGCUAGGAUCCUAAGCUUGAUCUCCUUUGACGGCACUCUUUCCAAACGUUGCUGGUUGAUCAUCUACUGGGCCUUUACAGCCUCCAUUGUCCUCCUCUUCAGCGCAACUGCCAAAUUGCUCGACGGCCAACCCGACGGCGUUGAGCAAGACCUCACAUGGAGCAAAGCGUGCAUGGACAUGCUCGAGCCAUGCCGCAACUUUGAGCCCAUCGCCGCACAAUACCUCCAAACGCUGUGGCCUCUAUACGACCAUCUCCGCGCCAUCCACCACCGCAUCAUAGGCCGCGCCAAAACCAGCAUCUUCUCGCUCCUCCAGUCCGAUCCCAACACGCUCAGCCCGCCUAUUCCCGUGUCUAGAGUCGAGAUCGGACCUAUUUCGGAGAAACUGCUCAUCUUGCUGCGGGACCCGUUUGGACGCAAGCAGGGCUUCGAUGGCGAGCAGAAUAUGCGACGACUGCUCAAUGUUGACGGGACGAGGUUGCUAUUCUGGUGGAAGUGA